UUUCAACAGAUUACAACCUACCUGGGAAAACGUGAUUUUGUGGAUCAUCUUGAACACAUUGAUCCUGUGGGUAAGUUUUCUUUGUUACUGAUUUUGUCACACUGAAUUAUUACAACAAUCCCUUAAGGUUGUAUGAGACACCCUGGACUCAUGCAUAAAGUGCAACAAGUGGACAUUGACAGCUUUAUGAGAAAUUCAUGACUGGAAAAAAAAUUUGACUUUUCCAACAAUUUUGUGUCCAAGAAUUCAGUGAAGAUGGAGAACUUCAGGAGCUGAGUCUGCAGAGUGGAAAACUUGGUUGACUGUAGUGUGUCAGGAAAAGAGCAGAAUUUUAAAAGGGCACUUGUAGAUAGGACAUAAAGCAUUACUUUCAGAGAUGACAGAUUUUGCUUAUUUAAAUGAUUAUAAUUAUCUUAGUAGCAUAGUGGCAUAGUGGUUGGCAUUUUGGUUUUCCCCUCUCCUUAAAACCAACAGUACUCUGCCGCUCAUAAGCCGUGGUCUUAUAAAUCUUCGUAAAAUUUUUUUGGUUUUCUUUUAUGUAACUUCAACUCUAUGCAUAAGCUUUUUACCAGCCUAAUAGCAAGCAUGGCUAAUUUCAGACGCUACUAGAUUGCAAGCCCCACAUAAUUGAACGAUUUGCUUUACAACAAUAAAUUUUCAAUGUUUUUUAAGCUUUUGUAUUUGCACUUUUAUGUCAUAGAUGGUGUUGUGUUAAUAGAUCCUGAUUUUGUUAAGGAUGGAAAAAAAGGUUUGUAAGGAAUAUUCUUGGUGAAUUUUUUUCUGUAAAACUCCUGCAGAACCUUUGACAAAGUUUAUAAAUCUGUUGUGAAAGUGAGGAUUUUUUAAAGCUACAGGUGAUCUUAGGACACCUGUUAGUGUAACACCAUCCACACAAAUUAUACCAGAGUUUUAAAGCAGAGCUCUACACACGCACUUCACAGAGCCCCAUAGCUAAUAAAAUUUGGUUAUCUAUCCAUCAAAGAAAUUUUGGUAGUCACAUGACAAUACAUCUGCUGGCCAGACUGUCCAUCCACACUUCGUGAAGUAAUAAAUGUUUUUCCUUUUGUGUUACAGUAUUUGCUCAUGUUCUGGCAGCAUUUAGGUAAGACAAAAUAAUAUUCAAAUAGCAACCUAUUAUAGUUAGCUUUAUGGUUAAGCUUGAGCCUUUGGAAAUUUAUGGAAUCUGAAGAGCUUAAAAGAGUAUGAACCCAGUGAAAAGCCGUACAAAUAUAUGUAUGUGCAGUACCAUGCAGUAUAUCCAUUACCACUGUUUACAUACAUGUGUACAUGUAUGCCUGGAUGUGACUGGCUGUAUGGUAUGACUGUACAUGUUUAAGGUACUGGCCAUACCAUGGAGAUGUGUUGAGUGAUCAUUACUUUAAUUUGGCUGACAGCAAGUUUCUUUGUUGUUGUUGUUUUUUUACAGAUAUGGACGAGAAGAUUUGGAUGUGCUUGGUCUUCAAUUCAGAAAGGACCUUUUUCUGGUACAUAUGCAUCCUUACUAAUAAUUAUUGAUAAUGCCUUCACUUUCAGUGUCAUUGUUCUUAAGCGAGAGGGGGUGAAUGCUUAAUAAUGAAUGUCAUAGUGUUUUAACUUAUCAGCCCAUCUGGUUAUACAGUCAUGUUUCUGCUGCAGUAGAAAAAAAAUAGAUACAUCUAAACAUACAAAAACUACUAUUUGGGGGGGGGGGGGAUGGGGAUGUUAUUAUCAGUGACUUAUUGACCUGCUUGUGUUACUAUGACAACACUUUUCUUUCCAGUCAGCGGUCAAGAUUUUGCAUCCAUACAUAAAAAAUUCCGGUUAAAAAAGGACCUAAACAAUGGCUUUUCUUUUUCCUUCUUUUUUUUUUUCACUUCUUUUAAUAUCUUGAAAUAAAAUACUGUUUUACAUAAGUACGCGGUAUGUUUUCAUAUACAUUGUAAUAACCAGAUUAAAACAUGUCAUGGAAACUUGGAGAUAUGGAAUUUAUCUUCCUGUGUUCAAAUCUACCGUAAAAUUCCAAAAGUAAGCCCCGGGGCUUAUAUUUUUCAAAGGUCCUUUUUGAGGGGCUUAUUUUUGGAGGGGCUUAUAUUCAGAGGGGCUCAUCUAUGAAGGGAAAUUUACGACUCAAAAUCGAUUGGGCUAGCGUUAUAGUUGGAAGUAAAUUUACCGUUUUUACUUUGCUUUACAUUGUAUUUGAGGACAAUUUUCCAAUUACAAGCCCUGGGGGGCUAAUAUUUGGAGGGGUUUAUACAUGGAGGGGCUUAUUUCGGAAUUUUACGGUAUACUCAUUUGUUUGCUGUGCUCACUUAUGAGAUAUCAAUUUGACAAAGGAAGAUACAAUGUUAAUUUCAUAUCUCUACCCAUGCUUGUAUUAUUCUCUCUGUUUGAUGUCAGUGGGGUUGUUUAGCUAGUAGCUUAUUAUUAUUAACUUAUGGAUAGGAUGAUUAAUACAGCUGUAUGAUAUUACUUUGGCAGCUUAUCUUCCUGAUAUAAAGGUUUGUCAAAACUGUCCAAUCUUACUGUACAGUGCAGUUUAAAAUGCACCAAUCAAUAACUUGUUGCUUUUAAUGUCACAUACUCUGUUUAUAUCUUCACCUGGUGAAGACCAGUGGUAAGACAGGGCUGUCAGUAGGUUUUGAAGCAGCCAGAGCAAGAUUCACCCGUAACAUCUCAAAAAAAUUUAUAUUGUUAUCUUUGGCUUUCCACUUUGAUCACAAGAAACAUCAAAUAAAUUCAGUUGUAUCAGGUGUAAUGGGUUAUGGCCCUUAAGAUGACUCUUGUAAGAGGCUGAAACCUUGCAAUCAGUAUCAAAACAAAUCUAAGGUAAAGCUUAAACUCAUUUUGUUUUCACAGGCCACUAUGCAAGUUUAUCCACCAAAACCAGAGGAUGAAGUUCCCUUGACAAGACUUCAAGAAAGACUGCGUAAAAAGCUAGGGACUAAUGCCUACCCAUUCAAGUUUGAGGUUUGUUUAGACAGACGGAGAAUUUGAGUAGUUUCUUUUGUAUUUUAAUGUGAACUUUACAACGCAGGCUUCAAGGGACUAUCAAAAAGUCAUUAUUUUCGCUUGAUAGUCUACUGCUGGUCAGUUUGUCUUCAAAGCUCAUCAGACAUGUUAUGUCCCAUCUUUUCGGCAUGAAACCUAGUCAACAGUUAACUUUUCAAUUUACCAAUUUUUCCCGUAAUUAUUUCUGCAAAGUAAUAUUAUAUUAACGCAGUUAAUCUAAUCUGAUUAGGAGUAAAACCGUGUAUUUAGCACAUAGUUACAGAAGUCCUAGGGAACAAAUGUCUGUCAGUAAAACUAUCAAGCAGCGAUCCUCUAUAGAGGGUCCUCUCACUUGAUAAAGCUAACUGUACACGUAUUUCAGCUAUUAUACUACUAUAUGAGAAAUUUCGGCAAUUUGAUUGGCUUAGAGCAGUGGUAUUUCACCUUAAUUUGAAAUACCUGCAUGUGAAAAUUACAAACCUUUUGCCGAUAGUAGUAUAAACAAAUAAUAGCAUGAUUUGUACGUGAUAUUUGGUAUAAAUACCAGUUGUGAUAUUUCAAAAUUGUCUCAAAUUUCACUCGUGUAAAAUUUUGUAUAACAAUUUUGAAAUAUCACUCAUGGUAUUUUUCCCAAAUAUCACUACAAAUCAUGCUAUUACUUAUACAUAUUUACUCUAAAAAAUUUAUGACCAUCAAUUUUGUUUCCUAGUUGCCCAGAGGAUCUCCUUCAUCUGUAACACUCCAACCAGCACCAGGAGAUACAGGCAAGGUACUGGAAACAGAGAAAAAACAAACGACAAACUUUUAUUCAUACAUCUAGUUAAAAAUUACCACAAUUAUUUUUCCACCCCCCAAGAAGAGAACAAAUCAAGGUUGGGAGAGAAGAAAAAAGUGGGAAUUUCAAAUAUCAAGCUAACUAAUAUUACAGCUUUAGCUGCAAAGGUAACAUUGAUUUAAUGGGAUUGUACUAGUUGGUGAAAUCAGUAUGUGUAAGGAAAUUAUUGGUAAUAAAAUAAAAAAGAUUGUGCUGUUGUGGGAAAUACACCUAAGCAACUGUAUCUCUCCUCUCCUUGCUGAUUAAUGGAUGCACAAUUUUCAAGGAGUACAGGGCCUCAAGGAUGUGUAACCAUAAUGAAUAGUUUUUUCUUAUUAUACAGUCAAGAUCCUACCACCCUUGAAAAUCAAAAAAACCUCUGGCGUGUUUGUGACAUGUUUUCUACUUAUUUCUGAGAACUUUGAUACAUGUAGGUGUCAUCAAAAAAUGCAAAAACAACAAAAGUUGAUGUGUAAUUGUGUAAUUUCAAAGGAUUGAGAAAAAAUAAAACAUUUUAAAUGCACAACUCCAUCUUCAGUAAACUUUAAUUUUGAUCGCUCAGGAAAGACUCGAUCAAUAUUCAUACAUGUGCAGUUGUCAAAGAUUUGUGGAAAAACAUGUCAAAAAACAUUGUUAGCUGAAGCAUUCAUGGGACUGGGCAGGAACUUUGAAUUGUACUUUGAUAUUGCUGCUUGACCUGUGUUUAACCCCCUGGUUGUUGUUUGUUAAUUAAGUGAUAGAAUAUGGGACUGGCAAAAUAUAUUCACUAUAAAGAGGUUUCCUUACAUUAAGGUUCUUUUUCAUACAUUGUACUAUUUCUGGGGCAAAGGAUAUUGUUUGUUGUCUAGAGGUUCGUUAUAGAGGUUCCACUGUAAUGGCAUAAUUUCAAAAGUUAAAUCAAUAUCAUUUGUGAUCUCUCAGUUGAAGUGUAUAAAAUUACAAGGCCACUGAAUCGUAGUCGGCAGUUACCGGCAGCGUGCCAACAAACUAACAAUAAAUGACUGUUUAACUGUGACGAUAGACGGAUUGAAAGGCACCAAUGACAUUACCAGUCUUCAUAGCCACUUAAUUGACCAAUCAGAUCAAAAACCAGAGUUUCAUACCAUCAACUGACGUGAUACAACUCACUUUUACUCUGAUGAUGACUACCGCAGAGGUUGUUGAAAUUCAGUGACUGUCAACAACAGUCCUAUUCAGUUGUAUGUUCACCCGGACGAUCAUACUCAAGGUAUUUAUAUAAAAUUACUCUUGUUUCUUGACAAGUGCACAUAUCCUGUGUAUUUUCUUUUUGUGUCCUCCAGCCAUGCGGAGUUGAUUAUGAACUUAAAACAUAUAUCAGCGAGUCACCCGAAGAGAAGCCUCAUAAAAGGUGACCACUUCUAAAAUAUUAUUUUGCCAACUAAAAUAAUAUUGAAUCUUGUGAUGCUUUAAUAUUAACAGACUUAAUUGUGGACUUAAUUUUUGUUGUUACUCUCUUUAUAGGAACACAGUAAGGCUGGCAAUUAGGAAAAUCACAUAUGCACCAGAGCGUCCCUUACCCCAGGUUUGUAUUGUACUUUAUACUUGGGCGGAGCACCACGUAAAGGAUUCACAAUGCUUAGAAAUGUCCCAAAGUUGCUUUUUUGGGGACAAGAUUGGGCGCGCAAAUUCCAUGAGUUUUCGGUCUGAGUCGGUUAUCUGACGAAAUGAGAGCGGAAUUUGUUUGAGACAUCUCGAGAUCACUUUGAGUUCUUUUAUUUUUUUUUGAGGAAGAAAUAAUUGUUAUUCUUAGCUCACCGCGGGUUUGAACCGACUCACCUACAAACCCGUCAGAUCAGAUGAGACUCUAAGUUGAAGGAUUAGCCAAUUGCGCCAUUGCAACCCAAGGUAGUUUGUAAGGCGAAAAGUAGCUAUAAAAUCAUGCACUAUAGUCUUGGGACAAGAUUGACAUGUCACUUCUUGACUUUUUGGCUUGUUUCAGCGGUUUCAUGAGUUGAGACCGGAAUUACUUCGAGAUAUCUCGAGAUCACUUCUAGUUCUUUUGGCCACAAUGAAUAUUUUAAUAAUUCAUUCGAGGAAUAAAGAAUUUGGCUUCCCUGGGGUUUGAACUGACUCAUCUACAACCUAGUCUGCGACCCAUCAGAUCAGAUGCUAAGUUGACAGAUUAGCCGAUUGCACCACUGCAACCUAAUGUGAUUUGUCAAGUGAAAAUUAGCUAUCAUAUCACUGUAAAAUGGUCUAUUGAGUGGUAUCCCGCCUGGAUGAACCAAGUAAGCACGGAUUUAACCAGAUAUAAACACACACAUGGAUUGAGCCAAGACACGCUUUUAAUGGCCACCAACUAACUCCUGUCUUACAAUCUACUGCGCAUACCAUAAUGGCCGCGAUACUGCGGUAAUACACUACGUAUUGGAGGAAGUAAAUGUGGAUUACAAAGUGUUGGACUUGAAAAGUAGCUUCUUUAACAGUGCCGGAUCGAGACCUUGAGAUAAGGGGGGCCCCCAGUCAUCCAGACCCUUUGAUGGGGGGGGGGGGGCAGUCUCCAAAAAAUUUUUUUUUGCCCUUCGGGCCUCAGUUUGGUCUAAAAAUAAGGAGAGCCCCAGGCCGGGCCCCUCCCCUAUAUCUGUCACUGUAAACCCUGUCUGCCCAAUUAAAUAAAUUAUAGUACUUUGCAAACAUUUUGCCAAAAAGGUUUCAUUUGAAUGGUGCAUAUGUAACAGAUGUGCAUGUAACAGAUUAAAAAGUUAGGGUGGCAAGUAAUCUUGCCACAACUUGGUCAAAGUGAAAGUGCAAGUUAGAGGAUCUUUUGUAACUUGUGGUCUCACAAGAGUGCACAUGAUUUGCUACUCAGCAGUUUUACUUAGCUAACUAGACGGCAUGUUUUACAGCAGAGCAUUUUGAGGAAACUUUUAAACUGACCAAAUAAUUAUUAUUCUGAAUUUGUUAAACAGCCCAGGGCUGAAACAGAUAAAGAGUUUAUGUUGAGUUUGCAUAAGCUCCACAUUGAGGCAUCUCUGGACAAAGAGGUAAACAGAAGCAUUGUUUUGUGUUAGUUUUUGUGUGCAUUAAUUGCAAAGCCUUCUCCCAGCCACUGUGUGAGUAUUAGAACAACCAAGCACUUUGUAAGCCAACACCAUCAUUCAUGUCUGGGUCUUUGUACUGAAUAUAAUUUAAGGUUUGUUUAUAGUGGAAAGUGCACUUAGCUUAUCCACCUAGUUUACAGGCACUCCACUCAGUUACAUAGAAACAUAUAAUUCAAAUACAACAUAACAGGAUUAAAAACCCCAACUGGCGGAAGGCAACCAGUUGACUAAUAUUUGACAAGUGUGGCACAGGAUCUGAACUCAGGAUGACAGAGAACAAAUCCAGCAAGUCGCCGGAGUGGGUCUCGAGCCUGUGACUGCUGCAUUGUGAGUCCGACGCGCUAAUCACUCAGCCACACUGCCUCAAAUUUUUGGCAUGGUCCAUGUUCAGUCAACCCUUCCUAAGCUAAAACAGCUGGCACAUGAAUAGUUAGGGCUAGGAGACAAAGGGAAAUUGUGAAUCAACGUAUCUUAAAAAAUUUUAACCUGAAUUUAAUUUUGACCUGUAACAUAUACGUCUAAAUGGGCCUGAGAAAUGCCCGUAGAGAGUUGAAGAAAGUGACUGAAGAACAGCAGGAACCAACUCUAGUGGUCGUUUUUUGAAGGACUGUCCAUUAGUAGAGAAUUAAUUCUACUUGUAUAUUUUUCUCUAACUCUUGAUAAUUCACGGUACAUGUACCAUCAACAGAUGUAUUAUCAUGGGGAGGAAAUUGGAGUAAAUGUACAUAUUGCAAAUAGCUCAUCCAAGACAUGCAAGAAAAUAAAAGUUACAAGUAAGUGAAGGCUAUUUUCUCAACUUGAUUUAUAUAUUUAAAGGACCAAUUAAUGCCUGGUUAAUCUUGAAUUAAAGAUAUGCUGUCAAGGCCUUCUUUAAGAAACAUUUUUGAAAGCAAAUCCCACGAAAUGCAAGGUGCCCAGAAGGUUCAAUUUUUGUGCAAAAACAUUGAGAUUUCCAUGUUGUGAAAGAGCAAUUAAGUUGCACGAGGCCAUCAGGGAUGGCUAGAGUACAGCUCUGAAUGUUGUCUGAGACUAGAGCAAAGGGUUGGAGAUCAUUAAUUUAUGUCAAACCUGUCAUAGUAAUAGUUUAGUCACAAACUAAGGUAUUUUUAAUGGCAAAAGUUAAAUCCAAAAUAGGAGGAAUACACAGCUAGUACUCAAAACAAACUAUAGAAGAUAAAAGUGAAUACCAGUAGAAGUAUCAUAAAAGGCAAAAAUAGUUCCAAGUUAGUACACAGAGACUGCAACCCCCCUCUAUCUAUCCCCUUGGAGAAAUUCGUAAGGCUAGUUAGUUUGAAGGAGUAGUUAAGCCCAAAAGAAAAAUCCUAAUGAUGCUGAAAGUUUUUAUGACCGACAGCCAUGCUUUAUCAAAACUCAAAAAAAAAAAAACAACCAGGGGGGAGGGGUGGCCUCGACAGAGUGACUUUGCACAUUUGUCGCAAUUGACACCUUCAGAAACCUAUUUAGGGCUACUGACACUUGUGAUGUUUUUAGUUUUGAUAAAGAUGGCUGUCAGUCAUUGAAACUGUCAGCAUCAUUAUGGUUUUUCUUUCAGACUAUGCUUGAAGAACAUUUGAAUAGAUACUCUAUCUAUCCUGUUCCCCUAUUUCAGUACUUUGUUGUAAUGCAUAUACCCCAUACUUUCUCUCACUACCAAGACCAAAACAUAUGAAGCAAAAAAAAAAAUCUUAUGUAUUGCAAACAAAAACAUUUGGAGCAAAAAAAGAUGUAUUGGAAAGGGGACAGGCUAUUGUUAUCAAGAUUUUUUUUUACUUGAAGCUCGACUAAUGUCUAGGAAAUUUCAGGGGAUAGCUUUUUCUGUUUUUGUGUCAUGUUUCUUUUUGGCAAUGCAUUUCAGACCAAUAGUUGCUGUACUUUUUGUAAAUUUCAGUACGACAGUUUGCAGACAUCUGCCUGUUUUCAACUGCACAAUACAAAUGUCCAGUGGCCUCUUUAGAAUCUGAGUACGUAUCUGUCAUGUACACUGUUUAAAAAAGCAACCUGAGUUUGAUUUGAAAUCACAAGUAUGAUUUCAGACCAAAACUGCACAACACGAAGUUCAAUUACCACUUUAUUACAUCCAUUUUACCUACAAUUUGAUUUGUUACUAUAAACAAGAUUUGAAAUGUGUUUGGUUGUGCUGUUUUAGUGAUCCUUUUUUAUUGGCUGGGAAAAAGAUUGUGAUUCGUGGAUAAAUCACACUGCUGAGAGUCAAUCAGAUUGCAGGGAUCACCAAUGAUUUCAAAACGGAUGUAAUAAAUUAGUAAAUUAAUAAAUAAAUAAUAAUUGAGAGGUAGUUCAAUGGAUUCACUUAGUGGUCCUUUGUCUAACAUUCCUGGUCAAAUUGGAAUUUGGAAGUGUUGGAUUUGAGGGGUGGGGAAACCAGGUUUCCCUGAGGAAGAACCUUGCAGUGCAAGGAGAGAACUAACAGCUCAUCCCAUAUAUGGCACCGACGCCAGGAUUUGAAUUUGGGCCGAAAAUUAGUGGAAGGAGAGUGCUCUCAACACUGCUCCUUUUUUCCCCCCCCCCACCCAAUAUAUGACUAUUACAUUAUUUUACUUGUUUAGUUGGAGAGUUGCACAUACCAUACAGACAAGGCUAACCUGCUGUUCGUUAGUGCAUGAAGGUGUUUCAUUUAGCUUGUUAAAUGUUUCAAGUGUUCAGAUCAUGUUACAAGACAAAAUUAAAUUCAGAUUAAUCUUUUUUUAACCUAGGUUGGUUCUCUAUUUGCUUUGUCUGCUAGCGCCCUAAUUCAUGAAUAAUUUUAUUAGGACUAGGAGACAAAGGAAGUUGGGAAUUACCCCACGUUAAAAUAGGUUAACGUGAAUUUCAUUUUGACCUGUAACAGGCACAAAGGAAAGAGGUACAGUAAAUUUUCCUUGUAACUGACUUUUAGUCCCAGAUCAAACAUUGAACUCCACAUGACUGUACAGGUCCAUCCUCAAGGUAAUGGGAAAAAUCUUUUGUUCUGUGUCACUCAUUAAUGUUAAGUUCAUAACAUGUGAAGUUCAAUGUUUGAUCCCAGCCUUAGAGUAAAAGUGUUCAGUAUUAAUUUUGUGUUAUUUUUACAUUGUUUUAUUUUUGCGUAGAGAUGGGUUUCCAGUUGGACAAAGUGGUACUUUAUCAAAAGUUUAUCGCCUGACACCAUUACUAACCAACAACAGGGUAAGGAUGCCUCUUCUUGCAUGUUAUUAUAAUAAAUUAUCAUAAACUAUCAUAACAUUAAGAAGAAGCGCUACGUGAGUGUUUUAGUUAACUGCAUGUUUAAUCAGAAACAACAAGCUACAAUCGGCGACAAAAUUGUUGAGACUUUGUACUCAAAUAAGGUAACUUUGGAGAACAAAAGAAUCUGCGCCCCUCCCCUGUUCCCUCCAUUCAAAGUUGGGGUGUUUGUUGUUUUUUAUAGGUAGCUCGAACAUCGGCACAACAUUGCAUGGAUAGGAUGGAGGAGGAAAAGCUAUAUUUCCUCCUUUUGAAGUUAGUAAAAAGGUAAAGAAGCCCCGUGGUGUCUCAACUCAUUUUGUUGCCGAAUGUAGCUGCCCAUUAUUGCUGACACGUUUGGGAUCAUGAGUCAGUUUGUAUUGAAGUAAGAGUCUUUAUUAACAGGAUCUGAGAGAAAAUGUCUUUGACAACAUUUGCAUUACCAAGGGACUAUGUUGUUUUCCUUAGUAGUGGGGUGUCUCUAACAGUGAAGUGUCCACAAGGCAAAAGUCCUCAGGCCAGGGGAAGGAGGGGGAGGUGGGCACUUGAGGAAUGUUUGCUUCAGGUUAGGGUUAGAGAUUAUCCAUCUGCUGAAAGUGUGUGUGUCUACAGUCAAUUUUACAAGGUUCAUACAGUCUUGAAUUCUUGAAAAAGUCUUGAAAUUUGCAAAGCAAUUUUCCAGACCUGGAAAAAGUCUGGAAAAUAGAGAUAAAGUCUGGAAUAAUGGCAAACAGUCUGAUCAACAAGAGCUUAAGAAGUGUAUUUGUUCCCCCUUGGUCAAAUCUGGCCCACAGCCGAGACAUUCAAUCAGAUAAUGAGAAGUUUCAGAACUUGCUUAUUUCUGCAGUGCAGCGUGGUUACUUUACAAUGUACCUUAGCGAUGCAUCAUGAAAAAAGCUUGGUUCUUGUGUUUUUCAAGGUCUCUGUUGUUCACCUAUAUAAUUUACAGGUAUAAAGAAAUAAACACUAUAUUUGUUCUUACAAAGUUUGUUGUACCAUCCUUUGUUUCUUUUACUUUUGAAGGAGAAAAGAGGAUUAGCCCUGGAUGGACAACUUAAAUAUGAAGAUACAAAUUUAGCCUCUUCAACCAUGUAAGUAUGUAAUAUAAUGUGGCAUCCAGGUCCAUAUAUCAAUCGUGUACCUCUUAAAUAAUGAUUUAGAAAUAACAAAUCCACUUAGUGUGUACCUGAUUCCUGGUCGAAUUGGAAUUUGGAAAUGUUGUUUUUGAGGAGAGGGGAAAACAGGAGUACGCGGAGAAAAACCUCUCAGAGCAAAGGGAAGAACCAACAACAAACUCAACUCACAUAAAUUAUGAUGUCGACGCUGAGAUUUGAACCCAGACCAUAUUGGUGGGAGGCGAGUGCUCUCGCCACCCUUAAGAUACUAACAACAUCAUUAUUAGUCUCAUUCAAAAGUAUCGUCAGAGGUGUAAUUUGAAUGGUCACAUCAGAAGAUUUCUUUCACAGACUCAAAAGGUAGUACAAAUCUUUUCGGUAGAAACUGCGCCAUUGGAAAAUUAGUACAUGUAGCUUUUAUUUAAGUUGUUGCGCUAAAGGAUUUUUUCACAGAUUUCCAAAGAUAGAACCUCUUAGAACCACCUUGCACAGCAACGGUACCACCAAAAAGGGCUGCUCGGUAGCUUUUAUGUGAAUGCUCACAGCAAUAUUAUUACAGCAGCAAAGCGGGCUCUGGAACUGAUUUGGUUAAAUUGGCUACUCCUCGGUUACCAUACGAAUCAGAAAUAUGGAAAAAAAAUACCAAGUGACCUGAAAGUUGCAAAAGGUGAAUUUUUCUUUCUAACUCUUGUACUGUUUCCUGUGUUGUAGAAUGGAUGACGAUUCUCAGAAGGAAAACCUUGGUAUAAUAGUUCAGUAUAAAGUGAAAGUGCGCGUUAUAAUGGCCUACGCAGGGUAAGAAAUCAUUUCAUUUGUUAUCUAAAACAGCAGGAAACACAAUGCAAGUGCUAUUUACGGUGCUACCUUUCUUUUCAUCACUGUACUGGUCGGGCAAAUCUUGGAUGAGGGUCAGCGAACUAAAGAAUUUUUAAUAAUUUUCAUAUUUUAAUCCCAGAGGAUCCUUUUUAAACAUAGGGCACUGGGUUCAAAUUUACUCCAACCAACAGGAGAUUGAGUAUACCCCACCUACCAAUAUUAGAGCCGCUGUUGAAACCUGCCCUCCCCAGUUACACAAUUUACUCGAAUUCUCUCCCGCCCUCCCACUUCUGACAUUUUACGCCCGCCGAGCUUUGCGAGGUUCUGCGAUACACGUAUUUCUAGUAAUUUUCAUAAUACUGUGGAAGCCCUCCACACGAUCACUACAUUAUUCCGCCCAUUUUUUGCCGGCUGCCAAAAGGUCCAAUUGUUUCGUUAUCUCACACCCUUGUUGAUAUGACCAACCUGUUAAUAUAAUAUGUGACACCAGCCUGUAAGUAAGACCAAUGUCCAAACACUGUUAAGUCUUCUACGCCGGAGCUUCUUUGUGUCGCCACACAACGCUCCCCGCCCCCACCCCAGACUGCACAGGGGUCAUAAACACUUUAUUUUUAAAAACACUGUUGGAUAUAUUUGUUUCAACAACUAAGCGAUUUCUCCGAUUUCGGUAAUUGGUUGAGAGUUAUGGUCUGUGAGAGUACACACCAAGGAAAUGACGCGAUGAUGGCGCAAAGUUUUUUUCUCUUUGUCUACCGCUCUAUUUUGCAAGAAACGUCGCCGGGAAAAGACCAUAAAAAUGAGGUCGAAGUGUUCAGAACUUUGCAGUAAAACCAGUCGCCUUCGGCUCAUGGUUUCACUUAAGUUUUCAACACUUUGAGGUCCUCUCUCUAGUGUACUCAGGGAAAAUAGCUGUUAAUUAAUUUUGUUAAACAGCAAAGUUGAUAGUAUCAAUUUUCUUAACCAACAGGGAUGUGACGCUGGAAUUACCUUUCACUUUAAGUCAUCCCAAGCCUGCAGAAGAAACACCUCCCCCCACACCCGUCCAAUCGGCACCCUCAGAAGAGGCGGCGCCAGGUAAAUACAACAUACGUAGGGAUGGGAGGGAGAAUUUACUUUUGUUGUGAUUGCAAACCAUCUGCACCCCGUCCCACAACCACCGUACAUAGCGGAGUUAGUAAAUAACAUGUUCAUGGAUUGGAGGGGAGUAUCAACCACCUUUCCCCCGCCCCCUCUCCCAAUUCUUUCCCACAGCAAACCCACUGAAGAGCUGGGCAACAAGUUGUAGUUGAAUAUACAGAUACACUAUUGUCUUUUUUUAACCAUCUCCACCCCCCUCCCCCACACCAUUGCAAUAAUCGUCGCCCAUAUGGAAGAAGGCAAUAUGGCUAAUAUAUUCCAAAGGGAUGAGUUCCCUGGUAGAGAACUGGGCUAGCAGGCCGAUUGUCUCGUCAAGCAACGCUCCUCCCCCUCUUCUUCCUCUCUUGUGGAGAAGCGUUGCUUGACAAGACUAAAACGGCUGCGUUGAAAACUAAGAAGCAGAAGGACGUAGGUCUCGACUCCAAUAGCCCAUUUCACAGUUGUGGGCUUAGUUUCCUAGCCUUUGAGUGAACGUGAGGCUGAGGUUGAGCUUGUUUUGAUACAAACCUCCUUCCUUUUCUACUGUAAAUUUUGCUUGAAAUUUACAUGAUAAAGCAGAAAGGGUUGUAUCAAAACAAGGUCAACUCCAGCCUCGUUUCUACCUGUACAUGAAACUGUAAAAUGAGCUAUAGAGUGAACUCGGAAUUUUUUCCAAGCUGCCUGUUUCACUGAUUUGAGAAACACUGUUCUCGACAUAUGGAGUGUUAAUGUUAUGGUUGUAUAUUUUGGUUGCGUUUUUAAUUUUAAGUGUUGAUUGUUGCUCUUUUUCAGUGGCUUCUGGUGAUGUGCCUGCACAGGCUGCGGUUGAUCACAAUUUGAUCGAUUUUGAUACCGAGUAAGUAUCUUGUGGUCGUACUCGACGAAACACGCGCAUUCCGUCGUUGGGUAACAAAGACCUGAAAUUGGUCAAUGGGAACCAUGAAGUCCUUUUAGGGGGUUGUGGGGUGUGGGAACUCAAAGUAAAGGUAUGCUGUCAGCUGGACCUUCAAACCCUGACCUUGUUUAAGGCAAAAAAAAACGUUCAUUUAGCUUGUUCUCUUACUCUCUCACGCGCAUUGAUUAUUUCGCGUCCCAUACCGUAAUCACUUGAUUAAAUGCCGCUCUCGAUAAUCGUCACAACCAAAUCAACAACGUGGCCUUUAUUUGGGGACUAUAAGAAAAAACUCGGUACAACUUUGUAAUCUACGCCAUCCAGACUUUUACGAUUCUAUCCCAGUGAGUGAAGUGCGGGAUUCUUUCUGUUCCACAUCAUAUUUGCAAAUGGUUUAUCGUAAUUAACCAUUUUCACAUGACCAUAAUGCACCUUAACUACACUCCCCUUAAAAAAUGCAUAAUAGAAGGAAGUUGGAAACAAUGGUUAUGCAAAAUUUGGAGGGGUAAACAAAUUAUAGUCUAUGUGAAAAUGGUGAAUUGUUUUGUCCGUGAUUUAAGAAAUGUUAUUAUUCAUUCAAAAUAUUUUUCCGUUUGUGAGUGACUAAACUCCCACGCAUAAUUCAUCAUAACCAGCAAUUGUCGACCAAAUUUGAAAGAAUUUUGUGAUAUGCAAAAAAUGACGUCAAUCGUGUAGCAAAAUUGCCAGAUUAUGGAACCCGUUAACCGACAAGACUUGGGCACAAGGUUGAGUUGUUUUGGUAGUGACUACAAAAUGGCGGAACAUUUCACUCGUUCCACCAGAAAGAAAUAGGCGAACUAUUGGCUAAAAACAUAGCACGAACAGCAAGAACGCAACUCGACGGACUACAUCCGCUAUUUGGCGAACACUUGCAGACCUGAACAACCCUUCAUCUCCUAAUUUUGCCGAUAAACAUGAACUUAACAUUGAUGAAGGUAAGCAUGUUUUAGCUGUUUUUUAAACUUGGAAUUAUUUUGAAUGAAUAAUAAAACAAUUAUUGAAUUCGUCUUUCGUAUCAUUUGAAGAAUUAUGGAGAUCUCAGAGGGUGUUAUCGACCCUCCUCGAUCUCUGUAAUUCUUCAGAUGAUACUCAUCCUUAUUCAAUAAUUGUUAAUUAUUUUGAAAUACGCACCGCCCUCAAGUAAACGCCGCAUUGGAAGCUCUAAACAGUAAACAAACGCCGCAGCGUUUAAUCGAAUAAAUACAGUAUUUCUUUUGUGCGCGCCACGCAGGGUACCUAACCUUCUCUUGGUUGAAAAGGUGGCGUAUUUUUAUUCCACUGAGUCAUAGGACUACCAGUUUUUACGAUUUAAUGAGGAAUCAUUUCUGUCUUAGUGGACCUGAUAAGCACGAAGAUGAUGAUCUUAUUUUUGAAGACUUCGCAAGACUAAGGCUCAAAGAAUCCGAACAUCUCGGAAGCACAGACGCCUGA